UAUAAUUUGCCGUGACCUAUCCACAAAUACUUUUCAAUAUUCAGAUGAGGUUGUCCUUACAGCUCAUUAUGUCUCAAACAGUGAAAACUUUUGAUUACAUUGCAAUCGGUGGUGGAUCUGGAGGGCUAGCGAGUGCUAGAAGAGCGGCCUCGCUCGGAGCUAAAGCUGCUGUGAUCGAACAUGGAAGACUCGGUGGAACUUGUGUAAAUGUUGGCUGUGUCCCAAAGAAGGUUAUGUUUAAUACAGCAGUCCAUGCAGAGUAUAUUCAUGAUCAUGCGGAUUAAGGCUUUGAUGUUACUCUAAAUAACUUUUCCUGGGCAACUGUUAAGAAGUCCAGAGAUGCAUACGUCAAGAGACUAAAUGGUAUUUAUGAGAACAACUUAAAAAAGGACAAUGUGGAGUAUAUCCCUGGUCAUGCUGUGUUCACUCCAGAGGGAAAUGUCAAAGUUGGAGACACUGUUUACAGCAGUAAACACAUUUUAAUUGCUAUUGGAGGGCGGCCAACCGUGCCGGCAUUUCCAGGUUGUGAGUAUGGAAUCACCAGUGAUGGCUUCUUUGAUUUGGAGGAUCUUCCAAAGAAAGUUGCUGUAGUUGGAGCAGGGUACAUUGCUAUUGAGUUAGCUGGAAUACUCAAUGCUCUUGGGUCCAAAGUUUCAUCUCUCAUAAGAUAUGACAGGGUUCUGCGAACAUUUGACUCCAUGCUGAGUGAAGGAGCAACAAAUGAAAUGGUGAAAGCUGGAAUUGACCUGCAAACACACACUUCUAUUCAGGAGAUCACUAAAGACAGCGAAACCGGUCUGAUGACCAUCCACAUCCUGAAAAACAAGCAAGAUAAAGUGGCUCUGUCAGGGUUUGACUGCGUCUUACUGGCCAUUGGGAGAGUUCCAAAUACAGAUUCUCUUGGAAUAGAUGGUUUGGGAAUAGAAGUUGAUAGCAAAGGACAUGUAGUGGUUGACGAGUUCCAAAACACGUCUCGGCCUGGUGUAUACGCCCUGGGAGAUGUUUGCGGUAAAGCACUACUCACACCAGUGGCGAUUGCAGCAGGGCGAAGACUCGCUCACAGAUUGUUUGAUGGUCAGUCGAGUUUGAAGCUGGAUUACGACAACAUACCCACCGUGGUGUUCAGACAUCCACCAAUAGGAACUGUGGGGCUAACUCAGGAGGAAGCAGAACAGAAAUAUGGUAAAGAUAAAAUAAAAGUUUACAAGGCUUCGUUCACCAACAUGUAUCAUGCAUUAACUCAGCGAAAGACCAGCACAAUGAUGAAACUUGUUUGUCUUCUGCCUGAAGAAAAGAUCCUUGGACUUCACAUUCUUGGGAUUGGCUGCGAUGAAAUGCUGCAAGGUUUUUCUGUUGCUGUCAAGAUGGGGGCCACUAAAAAAGAUUUCGACGAAACUGUAGCGAUCCACCCAACUUCGUCCGAAGAGUUAGUCACAAUGCGUUGAUUGGAUGCUUACCGUUUCUUCACUAUCGUUAUCGUCAUUAUCAGUUAUCAUCAUCAUUAUCAUUAUCUCAUUUUUUUUCUUCUUCUUCUCUCCCUGUUUCCAAGGCAAUGCGUGCCUUUGCGCGCCUUCUGACGUAUGUUAUGGGGGAACGGUCCCCGUAACCAUUUAAACAAGUAGAUUCUGUGUUGCCGUGUGUCUGUUCAGUAAUAGAUAGAUUUAGCACCACGCUUACGUGAAACGUGAACGGGAAGAGUGACCACGUGACCUUGUUUUCCCGCCUUUUUUUUCACGUUUGCUGGUUGCACUUUACCAUUUCUACAUGAAUGUAACCUGUUUCGCGUUUGCCGUUUACGUAAGAUUUCCUUCACUUUUUCUUCACUUUUUCUCUCGCUAUUACUGAAC